AUGGCUGCAGUUGCCCAAGAGACCCUGGCGUCGUUCUCCCCACAGCAGAUUCCACAAAGUUCCCGUUGGGGCCUUACGCACCUGCCCAGUGUGCCGCAACGGCAGAUUCGCCACCGAGCAAGUCCGGGGAAGCUGCGGAACUCGAGUCCGUUCGUGCGCGCCUGGCAGAAGAACGAUCAUGUCCCCCCAGAGCCUCCUGUGAAUAUUGAAUCAGGUCCUGGGAAGCUCGUGACCCGCGGGGACGCGGCGGUAGCGCGCCUGCAAAAGCUGCAGUGCGCCGGGACGCCGGCAGGAGGCGCCUCGCCCCUGCCCUUAGAGUCUAUUCCUCGCAGGCAAAGGAGAGACAGGAAGCUUAAACUUUGGAACAAAUACCGAAUUUCCAACAUUCCAUCACUGAUAUUCCUAGAUGCCACCACCGGGAAGGUUGUGUGCAGGAAUGGGCUGCUGGUGAUCCGUGAUGACCCAGAAGGUUUGGAAUUCCCUUGGGGACCUAAGCCCUUCAGGGAAGUCAUUGCAGGGCCCUUGCUUAGAAAUAAUGGGCAGUCCCUGGAGAGCAGCAGCCUGGAGGGGUCUCACGUGGGCGUCUAUUUCUCCGCACACUGGUGCCCCCCUUGCCGAAGCCUCACCCGGGUCCUGGUGGAAUCCUACCGGAAGAUCAAGGAGGCAGGCCAGAAAUUCGAGAUCAUCUUUGUUAGUGCAGACAGGUCAGAGGACUCCUUCAAACAGUACUUCAGUGAGAUGCCCUGGCUCGCCGUCCCCUACACCGACGAGGCCCGGCGGUCACGCCUCAACCGGCUGUAUGGAAUCCAAGGCAUCCCCACCCUCAUCGUGCUGGACCCGCAGGGGGAGGUGAUCACGCGGCAGGGGCGGGUGGAGGUGCUGAACGACGCGGACUGCAGGGAGUUCCCGUGGCACCCCAAGCCCGUGCUGGAACUGUCCGACUCCAACGCCGUGCAGCUCAACGAGGGCCCCUGCCUCGUCCUAUUUGUAGAUUCUGAGGAUGACGGGGAGUCCGAGGCGGCCAAGCAGCUGAUCCAGCCCAUAGCUGAGAAGAUCAUCGCCAAGUACAAAGCCAAAGAGGAGGAGGCGCCUCUCCUGUUCUUCGUGGCGGGGGAGGAUGACAUGACCGACUCCCUGCGAGACUACACCAACCUGCCCGAGGCCGCCCCCUUGCUCACCAUCCUGGACAUGUCAGCCCGGGCCAAGUACGUGAUGGACGUGGAGGAGAUCACCCCUGCCAUUGUGGAGGCCUUUGUGAAUGACUUCCUAGCAGAAAAGCUCAAACCAGAGCCCAUCUAGUGGGGCUCCGGCCUCGGGAGACAUUAUUUAAAACUCGGUCUUCUCCUCCUCCUCCUCUCCCCCUUCCUUCCCUCCGCCCGUGGACUUUCCCAGCGUGUCCUGAAUCACACAACCCACGUGUCCAACCUCUCUGUGGUGCCUUGUUUUCUGCAUUAACUCCUCAGCCGGCACCCUGGGUGCGCAUCCUCUCAGCAGCAGAAGAACCACCAUGUUUGGAGACGCUGCUUGGGAUUCGCAGGGUUGCCGUGGCCCGGCCAGGGCCGGGGCUGCGUCACUCCCUGUCACCAGGUGUUCCACCGAGUGAGCCUGCGGGGACAGCGCACGGUGCUCUGGCUCACACAGCUCAGUGACACCGGUGGGGCAGGGACAGGGCCACCGCCUCGUCAGGCCUUAGCUGAGAGCUUCUGGUGAGAAAGCCUUUCUCGAUGACUCUGUCUCGGUCGGUCUAGGGAAAACUAGCUCGUCCGUUGGUUCUUGGGCGAUUGAUCUCGGAUCUCAAAGGAAGCUUGUGUUCUUUUCUGGUGAGAAGAAAAAAAAAUAGCUACAGUCAUGAUUCAUGUAGUCAUUGCUUCAUUUGAUUGGGCUCCUACCAUGGGAGAAGAGCUCUCAUUCCUUCCUUAUCUUUCUUCCUUGAUCUUGACCUUCUCUCAGUUUCUGCCUUCUCCUAGGAACAGCCCCCACUAGCUUGGAAUUUUGUUAAUAAAUUCUUCCCCCUUGGACUUCUUCCCAAGGAGAUGCACUUGGCCCUGGUUCUUAGAGGAGCACCACCUCCCAGGGCAGACCGCUGGCUCAGCCCGGCUUUGGGCCUGGGACCACGGAGCUCUGUUGAGGUGCCCAUGCCCACCUCUGGUUACUCCUGUCAUUCCCUUUUCUUUUCCAAGCAGAACUAAAAGGAGACAAAUUACCAGAAGCAUUGCUUUCCCCUAAGAACCUGCAGGAAGAGCUGUGCCCGAGGGUGGGAGUGAGGGCAGAGGACAUGGCGAUGAAGAGCAGGCCUUGGACCCACUUGGCUAGACCCUGGUAGUCGGCUCCUUAUUUGGGCUGAACUGAGCACUAAAAGGAGAAUAACAUCUGUGUUCUUGGGAUUUGUGACGGAGGGUUUGCCUGGGGACCUGCAGGGUUUUAGCCUCUUUCAACCAGAUGCCAGAGUCCUUAAAGCAACCCCAGACCUUCCCCGUGGCCCCACUCAUGGCACUCUGCCAGCCAAGACCAUGGAUUUGGAAAACCCAGCCCCCAAUUAGCUGUAACACCACUGCUCCUUGCCGAAUUGGAUUGUUGAUUUGUAGUUCAGAGGUACAAAAUUAGUUGGUAACGAGACUGUUACUCGAUGUCACCAGCUUGAAAUGCAAUCACCUAGUAAGCAAUAAAGCAGGCAUCUCUGGACGUUACCAACCA